AUGACUGACUCCGAUAUGAAAUCGUUCAAGAUGGAGAACACCAAGCUUGAGGGGGCGGGCGAGCAACUCCCUGGCAAUUACAUUGAAAGUGCAAGCAGAGACAAAGCCUUGAAUUUGCUUGCAAAUAGCCAUAUUGCGUUUGACCCCAACUCAGCUGAGGCGAAGCGGGUCAGAUGGAAGAUCGACAUGCGAAUUAUGCCGAUGAUCUUCGUCAUUUACUGCCUUCAACUCAUGGACAAAAACAGUCUAUCAUUCGCUGCGAUUAUGGGUAUCAAACAAGACACCAAUCUUUCGUCUGCGGAGUACUCUUGGCUGGGAUCACUUGUUUACUUUGGAUAUCUUGGGGGUGACAUCCCGGCAACUUAUCUAAUGCAACGGUUCUCUCUGGCUAAAUAUCUCUCUGUUAUGUCAGCAUUGCGAUUUUUCCUGGGUGCCAUUGAAGUCUCAACAGUGCCUGUAGCUAUCUACAUUACUGGUGCAUUCUACACCAAGGAAGAACAGCUCACACGAGUGGCAUUGUGGUACACUACAUCCGGAUGGGCAGCUAUCUUCGGUGGCUUCCUUGCCUGGUGCAUGUAUCAUGCGGAGAACUUCCGCUGGCAAGGUCUCUUCAUUUUAUAUGGAGCGAUGACAUUUGUGACGGGUGUUUUACUGUUCCUUUUCCUUGCUUCGUCUCCGACAGAUGCCAAGUGGCUGACCGAAGAAGAAAAAGUCAUUGCCCUCGAACGUGUUCGAGGAAAUAAAACAGGUACCGAGGUUUGGAAAUUCAGCUGGCCCCAGCUUCGAGAGGCGUUCCUCGACGUUCGGUUUUACUUGAUAUUUUUCAUGUUGAUCGCGACUGGAAUGCCUAACGGUGGCUUGACUGCCUUCGGCCCGACCAUUGUGGAUGGAUUUGGCUAUGAUGUUCCUACCACACAGCUUUUGAAUAUGGGCUCCGGUGCGGCUCAGGUCACUGGCACCUUCCUUGCUCUUUUGCUUGCCAAACGGACCAAUCGUACCUUUGCUGGUAUAUGUACACUUCUUCUUGCCUGUAUCGGCUCCGCUAUGAUGCUUGGGAUUCCAAGCUCGAAUAAUAGCGCUCGCUAUGGUGGAUAUGUUCUGGUUUAUCAAUUCCCAAUUUGCAUUGUUUUUAUUAUCGCCUUCAUGACCGCAGGUGUGGCUGGCUCGACAAAAAAGUUCGCUUUUGGCUGUGUUUAUCAAUUGGGAUAUGCUAUUGGCAACAUCAUUGGCCCCCAAACUUACAGAGCCCAUGAUGCACCAAAUUACUAUCCGGCGAAAUAUACUAUGCUUGCAUUUUUCAUUGUCACUGCGAUUUUAAUCGCAAUUUACGGCUGGAUUCAUCACUCGUGGAACGAAAAGAGAGAGAAGGAGCUUUCCGCUCAACCACAAGACACGGUCGAUGUUACAGAGAACGCAGAAUUUGCCGACUUCACUGACUUCCAGAUGAAGUCUUUCCGAUACCCGAUUUAG